UCACCCGUGUUACCGGAGAUCUCUUGGUGCUGCUCUCCCUCCGGUAUCCCGGUACAGAACAACUCGCCAGCUCGAGCUGAGACGCGGAAUCCCAGACCGGAGUAUAGAGAUAUUCAAAAGUCUCGGUUGGCGUCCAUGAUCCGCAAUGUUGGGGAGAAGAGCCGGGAAAAAAAAUGCCCAAGCCAAGGGCAGAGGAGCUGCAGCAGCAAAGGAGAUGGGACUGUUUAUGGAGUUCAACCCUGAAGAGAUGAUGCUAGGAAUUCCAGAUGACCCAGAUGAUGGGGAUCUGGAAGCUGAACUUGCAGCCCUGACUGGGGCAAAGCCAACGCCAAAGGCAAAACCCAAAGGGAGAGCUCCUCUCCCGAUGGAUCACAUAGAGAAGAUGGCUCAAGAAUGCAUGAGGGACUCGGAUGGUGAAGAUGAUGAAGAUGAGGACUUGGAAAAAGAUGAGGAUUUACUGGCUGAGCUACAGGAAGUGGUGGGAGAAGAAGAAAUGGAGGUGGAGCGGCCACAUCCUGACUCUCUGGCUUCAGGGCUAUCUUCACCUGAUCUGGAGGAACCUGCUGAGCUAGCGAAGGAGACUUCAUCCCCAGAAGUGGACAAAAAGCAAUUUUCACAGACCAGUGGUGAGGGGCUGCUGCAAACCUUAGAGGAGAGGAUCAAUAACUACAAAACGGCAAUAAGCAAUGCCAAGCAAGCCAAGGAGAACACCAAAGCCAGACGUUAUGAACGGGGCCUGAAGACACUGGAGUCAAUGCUAAAUUCUGCCAGACAAGGAAGGGCUGUGAAUGAAGCAGAGAUGCCUCCCCCGGUAGCUACUGGAAAACCUGAAGCAAGUCCUGUGCCUUCGGUCACUAGAACAGAGGAAAAGCAGUCAGAGGACACAAGCCCCUCUCCCGCAGAUGGCACAGAAGCUAUGGCGCAUCUGGGAUCCUCAGAGGACACUGGAGACUCAAAGACUCUGUUGCUCACGAGGCAGAGAGAGUACAAGCUGGCAGCACUGAGAGCCAAACAGAGUGGAAAUGUGGAGAAGGCAAAGGAGUACAUGAAAAUUAGCAAGAAAUUUAGCAAUGUGGUGGAAGCUUUGGAGAGUGGUCAGCCUGUGGAUCUUAGCAACAUGCCGCCAUCUCCUGAGGAAUAUGAUAUAAAGGUGACGGAAGUGAAGCCCCCAGUGCAGACAGAACCCGUGCCAAAUGAUCAAAGCCCUACCAGCACUCAAGGAACUUCGGCUAUGUCCCUGUCACAAGCGCUGCAGCAGAGGAUGGAGAAGUACAAAUCUGCAGCACAACAGGCCAAGGCUAACGGCGAUGAGCGGAAGGCCCGGAUGCACGAGAGAAUCGCCAAGCAAUAUCAAGAUACGAUCCGUGCUCACAAGGCAGGGAGACAGGUGAAUCUGGCUGAGCUUCCAGUUCCUCCUGGUUUCCCACCGCUUCCCGGCAUGGAGAACACGGAGGGGGAAGGGAGCAUGGAGAAAGUACUAGAAGCAGCCCAAAAACUGGCAAAUACCGAAGAAGCAGAGGUGGAGGACGAGGACCAGCAUACAGAAAAGCCGCCCGUUCACCAUAAACCCACCCAGCUUGUAAAACCACUACUGGUGCCAAGCAUACCAUACAAUGACGAGACCUCCCUUCAUGCCAAAUCACCCACAAGUACAGAAGGAGUGGAGGCCACGGAAUUGCUGUCUUCUGAAGCACGGGAUCAGCUGGAGUUCCUGGAGAACCGGAAGAUGCUGUACAGGAAAGCGGCUCUGCAGGCCAAGCAGCAGAAUGACCUGGAGAAGGCCAAGCAGCACAUGAGAGUCUCCCAUACCCUGCAGGCCUACAUUGACCAAGUGAAAAGUGGGAAACUAGUAGACAUUUCUAAGAUACCCUCUCUUCCAAUGGAUGAGGACAAUGAUUUUGUUGUAAUUGAAGCUGAAGACACCCGACCGCCUCAGAAUACAGAUGAAGCCUACGCUCAUCUACUGAAAAUGCUUCAGGAGCAAACCGAGAAAUGCAUGCGCUACUCCAAACAGUUUACACAAAUGGGCAAUGUUGCUGAAACCACGCGGUUUGAGAAGAUGGCCGAGGACUGCAAAAAGAAUAGUGAAAUUCUGCAGCUGUCCCAAGCUCAGGGCCUUGAGCCUCCUCCCUACCACUUUGAGGACAAAACCCUGAAGAUUGUCAGAAUUUUCCCGGAGCUCAGCAGUACAGAAAUGUUACUCAUGAUUGUCCGAGGCAUUAACCUGCCAGCGCCGUCAGGGGUAGCACCGAAUGAUUUAGAUGCAUUUGUGAAGUUUGAAUUCCCAUAUCCAAGUACGGAGCAGCCUCAGAAAAAUAAAACCUCGGUUAUUAAGAACACCAAUUCCCCAGAAUACGAGCAAUCGUUUAAACUAAACAUUAACCGAAACCAUCGAGGUUUUAAACGAGUCGUACAGGCAAAAGGCAUCAAGCUGGAAAUAUUCCACAAAGGGGUGUUUUUACUGAGGAGCGAUAAGCAGAUCGGCACAGCAAAUCUGAAACUAGACAAGCUGGAAACACAGUGUGAGAUCCGAGAGAUUGUAGAGGUGUUUGAUGGCCGGAAGCCUACAGGGGGUAAGUUGGAGGUUAAAGUCCGACUGAGGGAGCCCCUCAAUGGUCAGGAUCAUCAGACAGUAACAGAAAAGUGGCUGGUAAUGGACCAGGUUCCUCGCAAGUAAGACACAGAAAAAGGGGCAAAGCGAGAGGGUGUCCUACGUAUGAAGACAUUGCCUUUUUACUCUUUAAACCCUGAAGAGCCAGCUGAGUGUUAUAUGACGCUUUGAUCUGCGGGCCAGUAUAUGGGUUUAUAUACCAAAGACUGAAGAAUAUCUGUCUAAUCUUUAGGAUAUCCUACAGCAACAAAGCACGUGGAAAAAAAGGCAGUUAAGCAACUCAAUUAAUAGUAAACUUUCCAUAGCAAUGCAGACCACAACCCUGCACUGAUCAUGAAAACCUUACUAACCCAUACAGCCGCAGAGCUUUUUUGCACAGGAUGGCGAUGUGCACACAAUGGCUUAUGUCGUCUUGAAUGUACAUGAAGAUCCAUUGGAUCCUUAGUGACUGAUGCACAACAUGAGGAUUCAGAAUGUCUGUUUGCUGCUACUUAUUUGUCGGAGGGGCAGGUUACUGGGCUUUCAGACCCUUGGCAAGUAAGGAAGGUAACGAGUGGCAAACGCAGGCAGCAACCCUCUCGGGGAAAUCCGAUGAUUGUGAAAUCACUGCUGCUGUUCUGGUGCUGAAAUCUGCGCUGCAGUUUAUGUCCUUUUUCUGCUCAACAAUCAGGGUCCCUUCCAUCAACACGAUAACAAACAUCUCCUAUUCAUAGUAAUUGCUGUUUCUAGAAGCUCCAUUAAAAAGGUCUCUUACAUGAAUGUCAAAUAACUUGAAAUAAACCUCUGCUUAGUUGGCACCUGCUGUGUCAUCACACGGCUCAUAAACCAUUAAAUGUGCAGUUCUACUUUUAACCGCACAGAAACCCUAAAAUUGGCCAGUUUGGGUGUUUAUUUCUUCAGAGGGUUUAAUGCGUAGCAACGCAAAUCAACGUUCAAACAACAGUUAAGCGUUCCCUGCAACAUCAUGAAUGGGGAGAAUUUUACCUGGUUAAACAGAUUCUGCCCGGGCGUGUGUCUCGUGCUGGUAUGAGUAGAGUGUUUCAUGGCGCCUUUCAAUAAUCUAACAUCAAACCGAGCUCGCAGCCUCCACGAAGAGCUAACAACUUGAUCCAACCCUGUGCGAUGCCCUCUUCAUUCUCAAUGCCCUCGUUCUUUUAACCAGUUCCUGGCUGCAUCGCUCACCUUGAAGUCAACAUUACAGAACAACCAGGGGGGGCUGCAUCUUAUCACCGCCCGGCAGGGAAUGUUUUAAUUCUCCCGCUGUUAUAUGGCUGCCCCCCAUGACACUCAAUUAAUAUUUUUUUCUUUUUUUUGGCCAAGCAGAGCUCCACCGGAGCCCACAAAGUUUCACUGUAAGUGCCUUUAAUCACAUUAGUCUGGUUUUGUCCAGUAAGUCAUCCGCUAGAGCUUCGUCCAUUCGGUGUGCCUUUUCUUUUAAGCAGGCUGUAAUCGUAGUAGUAAAGUAAGUCUUACGCAAAGGAACCCCUUCAGCGGCAGGAAUACCUGCAUUUCAAUGUGUGCAGGCCUCUCGCUGCAAGGGGCGGGGGGUUAAUACCUUUAAUUUAUUCAUAGUUGAGGGUAAAGAUGUUUGUGCCAUGCGUGAAUCAUUGUUCAGACUGUUAGAGAAAGCCAUCUUUAUUUAUUGUCGGUACAUGCAAAUGUUUUAUGUAUAUGGUAUUAAAUCUAAAUGGUGCACCUUUU